AUGCCUUCUUCAUCUCUCCCCUUCCGCCGACGCGAUCCAGUUGCAGAGGCAACUCAAGCUCUCAGCUUCGACGACAUCAUGUUUCCCAAGAUCUACGAAGAAGCCUGGGGUGCUUCCAAUGGAAACAUCGCAGAUGAUCGAUCCGAGUUUGAUCGGGCGCGCAUCUUCCUCUUGCGCAUGGCCAACAUGACGCCGGACCCCAAGAUCAUCGACGAGUUGCGUACCAUUGUCGCAAACCCACAGAACAAAACCAUACAAGCUCUCGCUAUGGCCAUCCAGCACAGGAUAUUCGGGGACUCGCAUGGCUCGUUUGCUACAACGCCGCUGAUGCAGGCUGUGCGUUUCAUGCUGAUCAAGGCCCGCGUGCCAGAACUCAUUCUGUCGGACAGAACAAGGUCUGUUGUCGACUUCUUCUUUGAUCCGACGCUGGAGAGGAACCUCAAUGCUCCACCCACAGGAGACGUAUCCGUCUACAAGUAUCCAGCAGGGAGGCUGAAGGUUGCCAUUGUAGGGGGCGGUCCCACGGCUCUGGCAUCCGCCAUCGCGAUUGCAGAGAAAGGCGCCGGCAGUGUCGAGGUUCAUAUGUACGAAAAGCGCUGGGUUCAAAAAGUUCUUCCCAACGGCAGCGUCAUCGUCGCUUACCCUCCUUCUGCCAAACGAAGAGACCAAGUCGUCACUCUACAAGACUCAGUCACACGACUCCUCAGCAAGCCGUCGUUCCAAGCCCUCUUCGCCGGCAGACCAGAACGGGUGUGGCCUGGCUCAGCCAACAUUCAGAUCCGAAAAGUCGAAGAUCGGUUCCUCAAGCGCGUGCAAGACCCAGAGUUCCAAGGGCUUAUAUAUCUGCACUGUGAGGGAGUCACGAGAGAGGACCUCGCCAAGGUCGGCGACUUUCAUGUCCUUCUUGGAGCUGAUGGUGCUGCCUCCUGGGUGCGACAAUCGUAUUUCCAGGGUUAUGAGAAUGAGCGUGGGAGAAGCUAUGCGCUAGGCUUGGCAUUUGAUCGACCUACGGGUUUGCCGUGGUCACAGCCUCUCAACGUCUUCUUGACACUCGGACAAACCCGAUACCUGUUGAAUGCGAGCGAUCACGAUGGCCGAGGAUACCUGAACAUGCAGCUCACUGAGGAGGAAUGGCAUAAGAUGGUGUCAGUCGACGGUCAGCCCGUUCAUUUUGGUAGGCCUGGAUGCUUCAGAAAGCCGGACGGGAGUGUUCCCGAAGGCUUUGAACCGAGCCAGAUCUUCGCACCAUCCGAAGACAGGGGCAGUCCCCUUUGGGUGUCAAUCUCGGAUGGUCUCAAGCUGUUUGGGUUUAAGGAAGAGGAAGUCAUCAAUGUGGUGCGCAUCCCCAUUGUCGUCCAAGCGGUAAGAGAAGGCGUGCAGAUGCUCCCACCACAAGACUCCAUCAACGUCAAGCGGCCCCAUGCCCUCGUUGCGGUAGCCGGCGAUGCAGCAAUGACGGUGCAUUUCUGGCCCGGGCGCGGACUCAACAGCGGCAUCAAGGCCGGCCUGGCUCUGGGAGAUGAGCUCGUGCACGCCCUGAACAACGGCAAGUUCAUCGGCAUGCCCAUCGACGCGCUCAAAGAAUACAACGACUUCAUUCUCAAGCUUCAAGGCAGAGAACACGACAAGCGAAGCAUCCCUAUCCUCAACCAGUCCGGCUCCCCCGAGAUGCUCGGCUGGCUCCUGCAAAAAGCCAACAGCGUGCCUGACCAAGUGGCCAUCGAAUGGCUCAUAGGCGCCAUGACCCAAAUCGCAGAUCGGCUGCAGCGGAGAGACGACUGGGCGUACGAUUUUGUCGAAAAUGUCGAGCCUCAACUGCGCAUUGUGCUGCGGCAGCUCGAUGCAGUGACGCUGAAGGAGAUGGCCGUAAGCUUCCCAUGGCCCACAAGGGAAAUGGCGGGAGCUGAAGUCUUGCCCAUCCGGUCCAUGAAGGCUGAGGAGAAGCAGAAGUGGCUCAACAACCUCUGGGGCCUUCUGCGUGAUGAAAGUAAAGAAUCUCGCGCUCCUGCGCCUCAGGAACGAGAUCGAUCUCCUUCAGCAGCCAGAUUCGAAGCUCCUAAGGGCGGUAAAGCCAGACCCGUAUCUCUUAUGCCGCCGAGUACGAAUAAUGUUCCCAAUGGAGUUGGGACAGCAAGCCUGAGGAGGAGCAACGCCACCCAAAGUGUGAGACACAGCAGGAAUCUUUCGGUGCCUGGAGAGGGAGCAUCGAGAGCUCGAUCACCAUCGCCAGGAGGCGAAGUUAGCAUCAGCAGGAUGUUAACGGUUCAUAAGAAGCCCCCGACUUCUGUUUUGGGGGAUGCAUUGUCUCUCGCUUUGUUCCGUGUGGAGGAUUAG